AUGCGUGAGCAAUUUGAUAAGUUGUUUGAUGUCACAAACAAAACUGGUCAAUGGCUAUGUGCAGAAGACAAAAAUUUUUACCAAAUUCAAAUUCAGAGUAGAGGUAAGACAGGAUAUGCAACAACAAAAAAUGCCAGUCAGAGUACAAUUCACCCAUCAAAACGAAAAAUUGCUGGAAAAGUUAAUGAUAAACUAAAACAAAAAGACAGUUUUGAAGAAAGUUCUAAUGACUCAAGUGACAAUGAAGAUUCUCAAAGUAGUUCUGAAGACUCAGAAACAGCACAGUCAUCCAUUGAAAGCUUUGAUCAAAGCACACAUCUGAAGCAAUCUCAACAGUCUACGUUUAGUGCAGUUUCAUUAGUACAAUCUGGGAAGCUGUCAGUUCGAAGAGCAGCCAUAUUUAGCACAAUUUUAAACAAGUCCGGUGUUAAAAUAACAACUCCUUCUCAGUCAGAACACCAAGUAGUUCUAUUAAGAAAUGAAGUAAAAGAAGUGAGGCUUGCUGUCUUAGUGUUACCAGAUGGAAAAGCUACUACUAUUGCAUCUGCUAUUCAAAACACGUUGGAUGAUUAUAAUCUAUGGGCAGCUAUAAAGAUGAUAGUGUCAGACACUACAAAUGUUAAUACUGGGUCAAAGUCUGGUGUUGUGGUGAGACUUCAGAAACUUUUUGUUCAACACGGUGAAUCUGCGCCAGUUUUUAUAGGUUGUCAGCACCACAUACUUGAUCGUGUUCUUAGACACGUGUGUGAUGCAUUGCUUGGCAAUUCAACUGAGUCUCCUAACAUAAAUUAUCCAUUUGUGAGUAAGAUACUUAAAGAUUAUGAAAUGUUAAAAAAAGAUUUUGAAAGUAAAGCAAAGAAAUGUACUCCAAAUCUAAAAGAACAGGAAGUAGGCUGGAGAGAUGAUAUGAAGUUUUUGCACCAUCUAAUUUGCGUUUUCAAGCAUUUUAAGAAUUUUCAACAAAUACCAAAAGUUAAUUUUAAAGCACUCCCUGGCAUCAGCAAUGCCCGAUGGAAUCUCGAACAAUUUUUGCAUUGUUGGCUUUCAUACUAUUGCCUGAUGAACGAAAGAACCUUCAGAAAUUGUGUGAAUUUAUCUGUGAACAAUGGAGUGAUGCUUGGUUUAGUGAUCAUUAUUACAGAACUGAACAAUAUGAAUUUCUUUUAUAUGCUGUUAAUGAAUAUCCUAAGGCGUUGCGCUGUUUUCAAACUCAUUGGUCUCAAAGUCCAUCUUCCAUACACACUCAACGCAGCAAUGUGUGUGCAGAAAGAACAAUAA